GAAUGGAGUUUGCAAAAAGAACCUAAAAAUGAAAGAAGUAAUGCAACCUGCUAUCAAAAAAGCGAGGAUACAACUGAAAUUAAACAAACAGACGCAGAAGAUCUGUUCAAGUCAAUAGCAUAUAACACCACUGUUAAAAUAAAUUUUCCUGAAGAUAUAGAGGAUUACUUAAAAAAUUUGCUUACUAGAGAUAUUGCUAGCAUAUUGACAAAAGCAAAAGAACCUCUUAGUAAUGAUGCACAACUGCUUCUACUAUAG